CAGUCACCGGUUCAGAUGUGUAUUUGAUAUGACGGGUUAUACUCGAAUACUAUUGAGUGUGGUAGUUUUCUGAGCUGUGGAUGCAUCUUGUAUUGGGAUUGACUCCAAGCACGUGGAAAAUAUUACAAGUAUAAAGUAUCCCGCAUACUCUGAUGACUUCAUAAUAAGUGGAGAAAGCACAUUGAGUGAACUGCUCAGAUGGUCUGACAAGGGGGAUGUGAUGUGAGCUCAUCAUAAUACUGUAAGCUCCUACCUGGACACAUGGUCUAGACAGUUUUCAAGUGAAAACGACUUUCUUUAUUCCUUGAGCUUUUUUUUUUCGUAAUGCCACACCGUCACGGCACAGGUACGUCACCAGUCGUCCGACCAUUAACAGAGCCCCAGUCCGUUGGCAUAACAUCACCGAAAAUUUAAGUGAAAAGACAGAGAUAGGGCUUCCAACGCCCCAUUAACUCGAGUUGCCUGUGGAGGGUACAGUGGGGGCUUUUUGACGGUACAGGACUACCCUGACACGCUAGGCGACCUCUUGUAUGCCCUGACGCCAAUCGGUCGUGUGUCUGAAGUCUCGCUGGAGACUUGAGCCGGGUUGGGACUACCUACGCCCCUGGGUUGUCUCGCGAGGUGUUUCCCCGGACACCUCAUUCCAUUCAACUCGGGAAGAUAGCACAAACACGGCUUUAACUGCUCGUUCACCCAGGAAAAGAAGAAUUACAGCGGACCCUACCCAUUUCUGGUCCAUGACAAACUGGCUUGGAGAUUUGUUUUGACAUGUGAGCUUGUAGCGUUGCACACCAACGUCGUUUAUUUUUAUCUGCAGCACGUGUACAUGCGUUCGCGGUAUGUACAUGCACAUGUAGGUUUUGGACUAUUUGGAUCAUGAUGUAAAACGAAUUAUUAUGCGCAUGCCGGCGUGUGAACUGUUAACUGUUUCAUGUUUUGUGACGCUUUGAGGAUUGAUUUGGAAAAGCUGUACCCAAACAAAAUGAUGGGAAUAAAAGUGAAAUGGAACAGUCGUGAACUUGCUUCUCUCUUCAAACUUCUUCUGUUUCUGUGGUGGGUCGCGGACAGGGCGUGUGGCCAGCUAGUUGGAGACAGGGCUAAAUGUGACAAGGAAGGGGAAGUGGUGACGUUGCCGAUCUUGUUGGGGAACCCGUGCAUUCAGUGUGUCUGCAAGAAUGGUGUUAUUAUAUGCGAGCGGGAAACAUGCCCAAAGCUGGAUCAGUGCGCCCUCAUAUUUACUUCACUCGGGAAAAGUUGUUGUGAAAAAUGUAAAGUUUGUAGAUAUAACGGGGACGAUUACACGAGUGGCCAGCGGUGGAGCGCGCAUAACGACCCCUGUCAACAGUUUGAAUGUCGAGAAGGUGUAUUGACUGCCUCGCGGACGCAGUGUGUGGAGGCAUGCUCAAACCCAGCCAUUGUACCGGGCGAGUGUUGCCCUGUAUGUCCAGCAGAGUGUUCCUUUGAAGGGAGGCGUUACGCCGAGGGAGCGACCGUUAGGUCUGCUGCUGACGCUUGCGUUGAAUGCACGUGUAAGAAAUCUGGUCUAACGUGUCGACGGCUCAUGUGUCCGGUACUCUCGUGCCCGAAAAAUCAACAGAAGACGCUGCCGGGGAAAUGUUGCCCAGAAUGCGCGGCACCAAGAAAAGUCUUCGAUUUGGGCCACCGAUGUUUGUUCGGCUCAAGUGUUUUUGAUGACGGGCAAAACGUCUUGGCAGAGAAGUGCACGAAGUGCGUUUGUCUGGACUCGACGGUAGUUUGCCAGAGGACAAUCUGCGAAGCAGAGCUGGACUGUCCGUCGGGUGAUGUUAUUCACGUCGAAGGAGAGUGUUGUCCCAAAUGCAAACCAAGAGCUUGUGGAUAUGCUGGCAAAGUAUAUCAGGAAGGGGAGAUGUGGGCGCCACACGCUUGCGAAACGUGUCAGUGUGUGGGUGGCGAGGCGGUGUGCUCAACAGAAACGUGCCCAGCCACGCCAGAUGUCUGCCAAAAGAAUCAUGCUUUACGAGUACCGGAGGGCGAGUGUUGUUCGAAAUGUAUAGAAAAAAAUGCUUUAUGUUCCGUCUUUGGAGACCCGCACUACCGAACCUUCGACGGCCGACUUUUUAACUUCCAAGGAACCUGUAAAUACAUCCUGGCGUCAGAUUGCGCAGACCGGACAUUUACUGUGCGCGUGCGCAACGAGGGCCGACAGACCAGCAGUUUUGCCUGGACGAGGACGGUCUUCAUUAGCAUACUGGGUCACCGGGUCACGCUGAUGCAAGAUUACGCGGUGCGAGUAGACAAGCAAGAAGUGGCGCUGCCUUAUGAGGUUCCCGAAGCGCUGAGAAUACGAAGCGAUGGGUUUUUGAUUAGAGUGUCCACGAAGAUCGGUCUUGAGGUCACAUGGGACGGCGACAGCCUAGUGGAAGUUUCCAUGCCGCCGGCUUUCAAAAACAAAGUCUGCGGACUGUGCGGAAAUUACAACGGCAACCGGCUUGACGACUUCCAGCUCCGGCACGGCGCUGUGACCACGGACCCGGGGCUGUUUGCCGAGUCCUGGGUCUCUGGGAACAGGGACAGGUGUGCUAGGGCGCCCUCAACGACGCAGAGCGUGCCAUGCGGUGAUAACCCGAAGAAACGACUGAGGGCGCACCGAGAGUGCAAAGUGCUGAGGACCGAGAAGUUUCAGGGGUGCACUGAGGUGGUCGAUAUGUGGGUGUAUUACAGGUCGUGUAUAACAGACAUGUGUGAGUGCCCUAAACAUAAACCUUGCUACUGCGAAGCGUUGAGGGCGUUUGUCAGAGCAUGCCAACAAGAAGGGGUCGAGGUUGAACUGGACAGCACGUCCACUUGCACAGUACAAACGUGCCCAGAGGGCGCUGUUUUCGCCGAAUGCGGAACGCCCUGCCCUCGCACAUGCGCAAACAAGGACGAACCUUUCAUCUGCGAGCGGCCGUGCGUCGCUGGUUGCCAGUGUCCGGACGGGCUUGUAAUGCACAGGGAUAGGUGCAUACCAACGGCGGAGUGCCCGUGACGUCAUCAGGGAAUCAGUUGAAAGAGUUUUUCAAAUUUUAAGAUAUGAAUGGGAGGGGAGAACGACGAAAAUUGCUCCCUGUUGCAUAGCAACAUAAUCUUGUUUUAAACUUCUGUUUUGUUUCUACAAAAUGUUUAACAGAUACAUACGUAUACUACUCUGUGUCCCGCCUAGAAGUGCGCCCUCACACAAUAUUUAUUUUACCCUUAUUUAUAAUACACUUUCCAAUUGACGAUUAUAGACUUACCGAAUCAAAAUCUAAUAAUGUACACUCCUAAGUCUAGCCAUGAAAAAUGUUAUGAAUACGUUUAAUUAUACAAAUUAAAUAAUCGUUGAGUACCAAUUUCACGCAGCUGCGCAGCCUAGUAAUGACUAUUUAUGUAGACAAAUUGAAAUCUGUUGUUGAUUGCUAAUUACUGAUUAAAGAUGAAAUUUGUUUAUAAGAUUUUCAAAAAAAAAAAUAUGUACACAUCUUCUGCCAAGCAGCUUCGGCAAACUCAACUCGCUUUUUGUGAGUAAUGCAUACAAAUAUCUGACUGGCGCAGGUACGGACGACCUUUCUGUAGUACAAUAUUUGUACAUGUAGUACAUUGUAGUUUCUAAUUGUCUUGUAGCGUCCCCAUGCAAAGCAUGCUCGGUUUUUUUUUUUAAGUGAUUAUUGAGCUAAGUUUAAGACAAGUUGCUGUCAACUUGUUGUAUGCCUGAGGGUACUUUUGUGCUGAUGACUGUAAUGACUCGGGCUUUUUAAUUACGUUGGAGUUGUCUGACAUGCACUUCUCUUGUUAUUGGCAAAUGUUCACGGGUGUUUUGUCGACAUUUCGUCUGUGUUUAACAUGUCCACAUGCAGUAUUAUUGUUUUUCCAAGUUUCGGCGAAUGCGCCAGGGUUGUGCGUCAUUUUGCGCCUGAUUUGCACAGGAGUCGACUGUACUUCCAGGAAAUAAUUUCUUGGACUUUUCCAACAGUUUUUUUUCUGGAGAUUUCUUGACAGGCAUAAAAACGCACUGCCUCAGGUUGGAUGCCAUUAUUGAAAUUAUGGGUUGGAGAAUACACUGUGUUCAUCUAGAUUUCCAUGCAAUUAGCAGAGUUGAAUACAUGUAUAUGUCUAAUGUUCUCGUGUAAUGUUCUUGUGAUAUUUGAAUCUUCGAGUUCCAUGCAACUGAAACAUAUAGUAACACUCUGUUAUACAACCAGCAGACCUCAUACUUCAUAGAUUAUCAUUUUCGGUGUUCCUUUCGUAGACCAAGACCAAAUUUCUUUUUUCCCAAACAUUUGUUCUGCAUAAAUAAUAGGUCAGCGUGCUUUAGCUACCUGUCAUACCUCCCUUCAGUUCGCCCCUUGCAGAUUUUAAAUGAGCCAUUUGUAUAUAUGCAUGAGAAAUGGGAACUACCCUCAGGUGCCAUACAGUAGGGAAUCUUUGACGUUUGAGAUCUGUUUUAUUCAGAUCUUGGCCGAAUUUCAAUUAGCUGCUCAACACUGAACCAGGAGGAAUAACUGCUAAAUCUCACGCGAGGAAUAUUGGUUCCGUUUCGUAGCUGAAAUUAGUUUUGCUUAACAAAACCAAAAUGAGCUUCAUUUUUUUGGUCAAUAUCCCGAUGAAAGUGGCACCAACUCUCCUGUAAAAAGUUAAUUUUGAUGCUAUACUUAAUGCAGCACCCAAUAUGCAUCUAAUGCAAUGUUUCCUGUGUCAGGAUUGAAAAUGUAAUUUAGCUUUAAGUGGUGAUUAAUUUGAGGCAAAGAAUAAACGUACCGUAAGAUUUAGCGGUGGUUCGCCCUAGGAGACAAGUAGAAUAUCUUAACACGUCCUGAAGACUUUACAUAAAAAUGUCCCCUCAUUUUGGGCUCAGUGAUGCCGAAUGGUAGGCUAAGAUGGUUGUAAGUAUGUGAACGUUAGUUUUGGCAUAUAAUUUUGGAAUUAUUGAUUUUCCUUUUUGAGGUGAUUUAAUUUAUUGAAAAUCUUUACGGAUGUUGGAUUAUUUUUCUGAAAGUAUUUUGUGCGAAUAACGCAAACAAUUGUUCAUGUACAUGUACAAUCCCUUUGUUGUGUUUUGUGUGUUUGUUUGUUUGUUUGUUUGUUUGUUGGUUGUUUGUUUGUUGGUUUUUACUUUCUGAAUUAUUGUGCUGCCAGUUAUGGUUUCGUGGAAGUAUCUCUUAAAAAAUAUUUACGAAAAUAAAUCGUGAUAAAUUGACACGGGAAGACAGCUGUGCUAUUUUCAAAUGAGACCUUUCCAAACGGGAAAAAGCUCAACAAUGCAUUUCUACCCCUUCCCUGAAAAUUACCCCCCCCCUUCCCUUUCCAGGGUUCGUAUUUUUCCAAACACGAAGGCAAUUUCGGAUACUGUUUAUGCUGUCAGUCAGGUUAUGUGUAUUGGUCAACACGCCUCCAACUUUGUAAACAUAAAGCAUGUUAAUUUGGUGUUUCGGGCCCUAAGCAUCCAUGUUAGCCCGAGAUUUGCUUUAAUGCCUGUUGAAUAUUAGUUCAACGAAUGUUCAAAGAAGAAUCUUUCAAGUGAGUAGAAUUUUGCCAUACACCAGAUCGAGUAUUAGUUGAUUUUGUUACUUCAUGUAUUCUGUUGUGUUAAACAGAUUGCCAAAUGUAUAGUCUUUUUUUUACAAAGAAAUAUGUUGAUGUGAAGAGUGGUACAGAAUCCUUUGUUAGGUGAUAGUUUGUGCAAUAUUUGUGUAUCAUAACGUGUUUAUAUUUUUAUUUCCUAGAUAUUUGUUUUUGGAAUAUGAUAUUCCCUGUAGAUUUUACCGAAAUAUUUAAUAGCUGUAGGCGUUGAAGUAUUCUGAAAGAAGAAAGCUUUUUAAUGUACAUGUACAGGUAUACAGAUUGUGUUAUUCAAUUUUAAUUGUUUAUAUUUGUAAUGGGUAUGUAUAGCAUAUCUGUUAUACCACCGAUACGCUGCAGUAUGCUUGGAAAGUUGUAAUGUAUACUCUACGUAAAGGAACUCUUACAUAGUGACAUUUCAAUAUCAUUGUUACAUUGUAUUUUUAUCGUUAUUUAUCAUUUUCAUAUUAGGUUUAAGUUCUUUGAAGCUUCAAGUGUCGAACUCUCGCCUCUUCGAUUUCUUAUACUGCAUUUUGCAAUUCUCCAGGAGCCAAUUACCUUUGCGCGGCAAAUGUCAGUUGUGGCAAUCACCUGUCAUCUUCAUGAACGUGUGAUAUGUUCACAGGUUUUAAUUAAUGUUUAUUACGUUGCAUUAAAUGUGAACAUCACAUGGCCACUUUCUGCGCUAUACCUGUAGCCAGCACUCUCAUUCUAACCUUUUCGUUGGUGACCAUUCUUUACAUCAUUGUAAGUCUAUAAAACAGACGUCCUCAACAAAAAAGCAGAAACGUAAAAAGCACAACAUCUUUACUCUUAACCCAGCUUGUGUUUUCAAGUUACUGAAGUAUAGAUUAAUAUAAUUUCAUUAAACAAAGUUUGAUUCUAUAACUUUUUUAGCCAAAGCCUGGUAGAUGUUUCUUUUUAGAAUGGAAAGUAACGACAAUCUGGAAUUUCUGUUCUGUUUAGUAGAAUUUCUCUCUGUUCUAUGUUUUAGAAACAUUUUAAAAUGGCCAAAGCAAAAUUUCAUUGAUAAAUGGGACCAAAAUGAUUGCAAAGUGUAGUGAUGUAAAAAUAGAUACAGGUUCUUCAACUUGUCCUUAACAUUUUCUUUAAAGGGACAUUUUCAUCUAUAUGGAAUCACAUUUUCGCGGGAUUCACUGAAAUUCUGUCCUGGUUUUCUUCCUUCGUUCCUUGGGCAACGAACAUUGUGAAUUGGAAAAGCGGUUUAAAAGUACGCUUCUUUUCUUUUACAUGGAAACCGAAUCUCGUUCAUCACUGUAGCGCGAGUGUUACGUUGAAGUUUAAG